AUGUCUGGUGCGCCAUGCCCUGUGCAGCCAAUCAUGGCAUGCAAGGGGCAGCACCAUUCUGGCCCUCCGGUUCAGGCGGCCGAUCUGGGGAAGGGUGCGCUGAGUUUGGAAGGAUUGCAGACAGAGCUCGAGAGGGCCUAUGAAAGGAUCAGACGGCAGGAGACACAGCUUGAAGCCCUGCGUGGUGCUUACGAACAAGGUCGAGAAUUAAAUGCAUAUUUGAUGGCUGAGCUUCAGCGUACAAACCUCUUGCUGCAGCAGCAAGCCAACGAGGUGCCGCAACAGCGCCCGGGCGUCGUGGGCGUGGUUCAGGUGCCGACCUACACCCAAGAUUAUAAUCAGCCUUAUCUGCCGGUGAUGGCCAGGAGUGUGCCCUCAUCGUACCCAGAGCUGCCUAUAGCCGCUGCACCUUCUUCGUUCCCACCGUCUCCGCGUUUGCUGCCGACACCGAAAUGCUCAGGAGCAGGUCAAUCUUCGGGUAUGUCGAGCACAUGGCGCGAGCCGUCGGGGCAGGACCCGCCGGAUCUGCCAGAAGACAUCCCCACAGUGGGAUCCCUGUGGCAUGCCGAGGGUGCAU